UGGUUUGAAAACAAAUGAUAUUUUUUGAAACUAAAAGUCUAAUGGAAAUGCAUUUGUUGUCACAUGAAAUGAGUUUCAAAUUAAGACUUGCAGUGUAUUGCAUUAGAAAUCAUAGGAACUAUGCUUUGGUUUGUAAUGUCACGAGUUGUAGGAGUUAUGCAAAGCAAGCAUUCAUUGGAAGCGUGUCUUCCGUGAAGAACUCGUUGACAGCGAAGAUAUGUCGCCGAUGGACACGAAAUGCAUCACUCGUUGCACACAUGAGUUCAUCGACACAACCAUUGGAUGACUUGACGUUUGAGCGCAUCGUUGACCACACUUUGGAUCACUUGACGGAACAGUUGGACACCAUUGUAGAGUCAAGUGAUGGUCUCGAAGAAAGUGAUGUCUCUUUGAACAAUGGUGUGAUUACACUGAAUCUGGGAUUACAUGGCGUUUAUGUGAUUAACAAACAAACUCCUAAUAAACAGAUUUGGUUGUCAUCUCCUGUCAGUGGUCCGAAACGAUAUGAUUAUGUAAACGAUGAGUGGAUUUACAAAAGGGAUGGCCUCUCACUCUAUAGUCUCCUGAGCUCUGAAUUAUCUGUCAUUUUAAAGCGUGACAUCAAAUUCAAUGAAAAGUUAACUAAUGAUUAGUUCAACAAUUUCUCAUUUAGUCAAC